AUGCCGCCAUCACAGUUGAAACGACUGAAGACGUCGUUGAGAGAGCAGGGCGUGACUGGUCCACAGAAGUCGAAAAAGCAAAAGCAGCAGGAUAGAGCAGGACGCACCAACGACAGCAGAGUGCAGCGCAAUGCCGCCCUUCAGCAGAUUCGCGACAGCUUCAAUCCUUUCGAGAUCAAGGCCAACAACCGUCCCGCCAAGUUUCAGUCCUUCACUGCUCAUCCCAAGAAAGAUGCCGUUCUUAGACCUGGUGUCACCAGGAGCAUGGGCGAGGAAGCUCGUCGUGCUACCCUGCUGCCCGAAAUCCAGCGCCGCAACAAGACUGGUGGAAUCAUCGACAGACGUAUAGGCGAGAACGACCCGACCAUGACCCCCGAAGAGCGCGCUCUACAACGUUUCGCCCAGGAGAAGAUGCGCAAGAAGGGCGGCGCUUCUCUGUUCGAUCUGGAAGCCGAUGACGACUUUGCAGAGGAUGCUCUUACUCACGGCGGACAAGCACUCGACCUCGACAGAGACGACUUUGACAUGGAAGGUCUUGAAGGCUCCGACGACGAAUCAGACCGCGGAUUGAAACGCCGACGAUCCUCCGCUGGAGAAGAAGACGAAGACGAGGAAAUGUCAGAUGUCGAAGGGCAGGACCCCGACAAGCCGGCGCGCAAGAAGUCAAAGGCAGAAGUCAUGAAAGAGGUCAUCGCAAAGUCAAAGAUGCACAAGUACGAGAGACAAAAGAACAAGGAGGACGAUGAUGAUCUGCGUGAAGAGCUGGACCAAGGACUACAAGAAAUGCUUAAUCUGCUCAGAGGCGUCAAGCCCCCACCCAAGGCUGAGAAGGCUGAAAUGGAUGCUGGCAUGAACCCUGAACGUUUGGCCAUGCUCCAGAGCAAGUCGCGCGAGGAGACAGAAAGAGAAUACGACGUCAGACUCCGACAAAUGGCCAUGGACAAGAGAGCUGCUCCCACCACACGCACAAAGACAGAGGAGGAGCAGGCCAUCGAAGAAGCUUACCGAUUGAAGGAGAUGGAGCAAUCGCGUCUCCGCCGUAUGCAAGGCGAGGAGUCCGAAGAGGAGGAGGUCGAGGAAAAGACACCCAAGGACAACAAGAAAAAGAAGGAAGGUGUAGAAGUCCACCCUGAAGAUGAGGACAACAUGAGAGACGAUGCCGCCGACUUUGGUCUACCUACUCAGCAAUAUGACAACAAGAAAGAGGCAGUUGUGCAUGAUGACGAAGAUGAGUUUUUGAUGGAGGAUGAUCUGAUUGCCAGCGAGUCCGACGUUGAUGUCAGUGACGAGAGCGAAGACGAGGAGGAUUCAGAUGCUGAGGAAGGAGCUGCCGCUGCUGCUGAUGAAGAGGACGAGGAAGAUGAGUUCGUCCGAGGUAUUCUCGGUGACAAGGACGAGAAGAGCGAGAAGAAGGCAGCUGCACCAGCCGCUACUUCUGGACUUGCAUACACUUACGAAUGCCCUCGUUCUCACGAAGAAAUGUUGGCCAUCUUCAACAAGAUGGCCGUCGAGAACAUUCCAGUUGCCGUCCAGCGUAUUCGUGCCCUCUACCAUCCUUCGCUUCUGGCAGAGAACAAACAGAAGCUCGCCGACUUCUCUACCGCUCUCGUCGACCACAUCUCAUACAUGGCCAAGGAGAAGCAAUCAUUAGUCGUCAUUGAGACUCUCAUCCGUCACUUGCAUUCCUUGUCAAGGACGUAUCCUGGUACCAUUGGCAAGGCUUUCCGCACACACAUGUCUGCCAUGCACGAGAGUGGUACUUUCAACGCUGGUGAUCUGGUCAUCUUGACUGCAGUUAGCUCCAUCUACCCUACUUCGGACCACUUCCAUCAGGUCGUCACACCAGCCAUCACCUUGAUGGGUCGCUGGCUGGAGAUGACUCCUCCGACAACAUCCAACCUGGCAACUGGUGCAUUCAUCGUCGCUCUCUGCAUCAAGUACCAAUCACUGUCGAAGCGUUACAUCCCCGAGGCCGUUCGCUACACCGUCAAGGCCCUGCAACUCCGCCCUCAAUCCAGCGAGAAGGAGCUACAACCACAUGUUAACAACCUCCUUGCCAUGGCCGACCUCUGGAGCGCAAAGACCGCCUUUGGCCAAAUCUUCUCUCCCGCCGCCCUCACAUCCCUCCAAGCCCUCAAGGGACAAAAGAAGUCCUCUCAACAUCUCUCCAUCAUGCUGUCCCAAGCCCGCCUCCGCCGCCGCCCUCUCGAACUUCACCAUCACCGCCCCCUCCCCAUCCGCACCUCCAUCCCCAAGUUCGAAGAGAACUUCAACCCAGACAAACACUACGACCCGGACCGCGAACGCGCCGAUGCCGCCAAGCUCAAGAAAGAGUACAAGCGCGAGCGCAAGGGAGCCGUCCGCGAACUGCGCAAGGAUGCAAACUUCAUCGCACGCGAACAAUUGCGGGACAAAAAGGAGAGAGAUGCAGAGUACGAGAAGAAGUACAAGAGACUUGUGGCCGAGAUUCAAGGAGAAGAAGGUCACGAGGCAAAGGAGUACGAGAGGGAGAAGAGGAUGCGCAAGAGCAAGAGGUAG